AUGGCACGGCUCACAACCAUCCACUCCCCCUCCCCCAACCACACCAGGUACGGCACCCCCGGCAUCUUCUGCAACGACAAUGCCACCUGCCCUGCUGCCCCUACGCCGCCCACCAGCCCGAUGCCCCCUCCUGCGCCACCAGCCAAUCUCACGCUGCCAGCUGUCACCGACUCCAGCUCCCCUGCGUCUGCCAACUCGUCUGCGCCCAACGCCACCUGCCACGUGUGCCAGAGCUACUGCCUCGGUUGCUCCUCCUCUGCACCCAGUGCGUCUCCUGCUGCUUCUGCUCGCUCAGUCCCUCCUGCACUGCCUUGUCCACUGCACAACCAACCCCUUGGCUUCCACCAGUUCUCUCUCCCCGGGGGCCCUAGCAGCCGUAGUGGCGGCGGCACUCAUUGCACUCCUUGCUCUCAUCGCCCUGAUCAUCUUGCUCUGCCCCGUUUCUUCCCCAUGUCUUGCUUCUCACUCGCGGACACCCAGCAGGCCACCAACUUCUUCUCGAAGGUCAACCUGAUUGGGUCAGAUCCUAGACAAGUGCUUCCCUCUAUCCACCCUCACCCCUCCCCCCAUUGUCCACCACCCCUUCUCCACCACCCCCUUUCCCCCCCCUCCCUCUCCUCCCCCACAGCGUGCAAGCAGUACUCACUGGCGGACAUCCAGCGGGCCACCAACUUCUUCUCGGAGGUGGCAGACAUGGCACGGCUGAAGCACCCAGCACUGGUGCCGCUGCUGGGGUACUGCAUCGACUACAAUGAGGAGUCCCUGCAGAUGGAGCAAAUCAUCGUGUCCCAGUUCAUGCCCAACGGGGAUCUCUCCCAAUGGACCAUGCCAGGAGCCAAGCCCAUGUCGCUGCGUGUGAGGCUGGCGGUGCUGGUGGACGUGGCGGAUGGGCUGAGCUUCCUCCACAGCCGUCGGAUUGCGCACCGCGAUGUGAAGCCGGCCAACGUGCUGCUGGAUGCAGACAUGCGGGCGGCUGCCGAGCUCUCCAGUGGUGACAUCAGCUCCAUCAUAGACCCUCGGAUGGUCUCCCCUGCAGCAUCUGGUGCCAGCAUUGUGCAUGCUGAUGUCAUGAAGAGCCUUGCAUCCCUGGCACUGGCAUGCACGGCCAUGCCUGCUGCCUCUCAUCCCCCCAUGGCCAAAGUGCACUCACAGCUGAAGCAGCUGCACGAGGAGGUGGUGAGGCGGGAGGGGGAGAGCAUAUCGCAGCAAGGGAGUGGGCUGGGGGGGCUGGGAACGGGGGGAGGGAGUUGGCUGCAGAGGGAUAACCGUGUGUGCCCUGCAGCUGAGUCUGCGGUAAGGAGUGUGAGUGCGGUGAGGGGAACGACGGAUGACGAAGGCAGUCCUGAAGAGGAUGAGAGCUUGACUGAUGGGGAGGAGACAAGUGGAGAAGCAAGUAGGAGCACGGGUGAUGAACACAACUGA